UUAGCCUUAUACCGAUAGUGUUGCGAUGUUUGUUUGAUCACAUCUCGAUGCUAGAAUGCGAUGCAAGUCAAAACCAUGUGUCGUCAUCGUCACCCGAAACUAGCGUAUUUGUCCAGCCGAGCGCUAACUAAGCCUUGCAGAUCUACAGGUCCAAGCUCAACAUUAGUCUUCUUCAAGACCAUGAUAUUCUCUCCCAGAUCUACACAACCGCCAACAUGGAAUUCCAACGAGGAGAGCGUGUAAACCUAAACUUUGACACCGGCGCAGUCGAGAAGUUGGAACCAGAGGAAGACUAUGAGGCCCCAGCAUCUGCAUUUCCCUCCUUUGUAGGCGACAUACUGGAGCGCGAUUCUGCUUCAGCCAGCCCACCAGUCGCGCCCUCACUCAAGACGAAUGUAAACGGAUUCCCCGCGCACAAAAAGCGCGUUCCUAGAGUUUCGGCGUUCAAGCAGCAACGCGCUGCAAAGGAGCAACAAGCUUCGUCGAUAGCAAAAACGCAAGAUGCACCUAAAGCAGGCACAGGCUUUGAUGCAAAUGACGAGAAGAAAGCUAUAGAUGAGGAGAAUAUGCAGCGGCUUGAUGCCAUGUCUGAGGAAGAGAUUGAAGAGGAGCGCAGAGAGUUGAUGUCGAAUCUCAGUCCAGCUCUGAUACAGAGACUGCUUGCACGGUCUAAUAUAGAUGACGGGAGCAAUGAACGAGAUCUUUAUCCUGAAGACGCAAAGUCUCCACCUCCUGCGACUAAGAUCGACAAAGUAGAGCCGAAAUCGCCUAGUACGAACACAAAAAAGGUCUCCUUCGCGCCCACAGAAACUCCACAAGAAGCUUCGCCUCAACCACCGCAAACCACAGCCUCCCCAUCCACAUCCACUACAACCCCCACACCAGACGCCCUCCCCACAGAGCCCACCGAAUCAAUACACUUCCCCACGCCGCCCCAACCCCCCGACCUCGACCCAAACGACCCCUCCUUCCUCCAAAACCUACACGACAAAUACUUCCCCACACUGUCCCACAACCCCAACGCCCUCACCUGGAUGACGCCCAUCGACCCCACGGACAAAACCUCCGCCUACCACCCCUCGCAAACCGCGCUCAACGCCUCAGACCUACGCUUCGACUUCACCGGCGCGCUCCUCGCGCCCAGCGUCGCGCGCUCGAUACCCAGCGACAGGGGCCUGCAUCAUCAUGCUGCCGCGCCCGAGGCCGCGGGGUACACGAUCCCGGAGUUGGCGAUCACGGCACGCAGCGCGGUCCCGGCGCAGCGGUGUGUUGCGUAUCAGACGCUGGGGCGGAUAUUGUAUAGAUUGGGGCAGGGCGAGUUUGGGGAGGAGAGGGCGGGGCAGAGGACAGAUGGGCCGGUGCAGGUUGCGCAGGAUCCGGGGUUGGCUGGUGAUGAAGAGGGGGAGGAUGAUGAGGAUGAGGUGAGGAGUGCGAUGGCGACGGGGUUGUGGACGUGUAUUGAUGAGGGGCGCGUUGUUGAGACGAUGACUGAGGAGGCGGGGAGGGAGAAGGGACAUCUUACUGCAAGGACGUUUGCGCAGGAGGCGCUUUGGAAUUGGAGGAGGGGUGGGGGGCGGAAGAGACAUGCUGUUUGAGUGGGGAGGUGGUUGAAUGGGAAAACGGAAAUUACUGGUUAUGAGCCUUGAUGCAUUGGGUGGAGACAGGACUUUCCCUCAUAUACAUUCGAGGGGAUGGACUAUCAAUCAACCUUCAUAACAUCUAUCGUACUGCGCAAUGGCCACGAAUACCCAACACCUAGUAAUACCAGUC